AUGGAGCUCGCUGAGAAGGAGAAGGCCCAGCGGGAGAGGGAGGGGGGACAGGAGGGAGCGACGGAGGGAGAGCGGGAGGGAGAGGGGGAAGGAGGCGGGGAGAGAGGUCCGGAGGAGGGAGCGACGGAGGGAGAGCGGGAGGGAGAGGGGGAAGGAGGCGGGGAGAGAGGUCCGGAGGAGGGAGCGACGGAGGGAGAGCGGGAGGGAGAGGGGGAAGGAGGCGGGGAGAGAGGUCCGGAGGAGGGAGAGAGGAAUGGGGCGCAGGAGGGAGAGGAGGGGGGAGAACGGGAGGGUGAGCAGGAGAGGAGAGAAGCUGAGACGAGAGGUGAAGUGGGAGAGCAAGCAGAGAGGAAGGAGGGCGAGGAGGAGGAAAUGCGUGAGGAGGGGCAGGAGGGGCAGGAUGUGGAGUGCCCGAGACAUGGGGGAGAGAUGGACGAGAGCGGAGAGAGGGGAGAGAGGGGAGAGAGGGGAGAAGGCAGUGCGGGAGCAGGAGCCGGUGGGGAUGCGGUAGCAGAGCAAGGGACGAGUGGAGAGGGUGGGGGCGAGGAGUGGCGGCUGGCGUUUGACUUGAAUGAGGAGCAGCCGGGGGAAGCAUGGGCGGAUGGAGAGGGUGAUGGCACUGGUGCUGAUCAUUGUGUUGCAGCCGAGCCUCAGGGUGAAGUCGGCUGUGUUUCUGCUGUUGUCGCUGUUGGCGCUGGUGCUGAUGACCACUGUGCCGCUGCCAAGCCUGAGGGUAAAAUCGGCCGUUCUUCUGCCGUUGUUGCUGUUGACGCUGGUGCUGGUCAUUGGGCUGCUUCCGAACCUCAGGAUGAUAACGGUUAUGGUUCCGCUGCUCACUAUGACGCUCAUGCUGCUGCUGCUGCUGCUGCUGUUGCUGUUGCUGCAACUGCGGACGGGGUGUGUGACAAGCACGGUGGGGCAAGUAAGCGUGUUGGUGUGGCAAGUGGCAGCAAGGCGAGGCCAGGUGCGCACCUGUUGCUGCUAGACAUGAAUGCAGAGGCAGAGGCAGACAUGUGGCUUGAUGCAGAGGCAGAGGAGGCAGCAGACAUGGGCUUGGAUCUGGGGUUGGGAGGAACGUGUGGGGCACAGCAGAGUCAACAGAGUCAACGGAGUGAAGGCGGUCUGGGUGGAGAAGAAUCGGGUGGGAGUGAGCAGGUGGGGGGAGGCAUGGUUGGGUUGUCGCUGGGUCUUGAGUUGGGCGCUCCAGAGACAGAAAAGUGGUUCGAGAAGGGGAGAGUAGAGGUGGAGAAGCAGGAGAGGGCUUCAGGGCCCCACUCGCUAGCUCCCCACUCGUCAGAGCACCACUCUUCAGGGCCUGAUGCGUUGUUGAUGGAUUCUCCUGUGCCUGUAGCAAGCUCACGUGUGUCGGAGCGCAGCAGUGCAAUGGAGGAUGUGAGGAGCCGGGUGCUGCCCACGGGGUACCUCAUGGCCUUCCCCACCGGCGCUGCCUUCUGCCUCUGCCUGCUGCACCCCGUGCCCUCCAGACGCCCGCCAAUGAGGGACGUCCUCACAAACAGCCUCUUUCUCCGCCUCUCUGCAGAAGCUUCCCCUGCAGCUUCCUCCUGCCAGUGCCAGCUGUCCGUGUCGUUUUCACCUUGGCGAUCAUCGGAAGCACAAGGGAACGCGGAGGGGCAGGCGGGGCAGGAGGAGCAGGAGGAGCAGGCGGGGCAGGAGGAGCAGGAGGGGCAGGAGGAGCAGGAGGGGCAGGAGAAGCAGGGGGGGAAGGAGGAGCAGGAGGAGGAUCAGGAGGGGCAGGAGGGGAAGGAGGGGCAGGAGGAGGGGCAGGAGGAGGAGCAGGAGGAGGAGCAGGAGAGGCAGGAGGAGCAGGAGGGGCAGGAGGGGCAGGAGGGGCAGGAAGGGCAGGAAGGGCAGGAAGGGCAGGAAGGGCAGGAAGGGCAUGAAGGGCAUGAAGGGCAGGAAGGGCAGGAAGGGCAGGAAGGGCAGGAAGGGCAGGAAGGGCAUGGGCAUGCACACCCUCAUGAUGGUACUGUUGAUGGCGGCGUGUGCGUUAGCAGUGAUGUGGAGGGGCGUGAGGAUGGAGAGGAGGGAGAGGAGGAAGAGGAGGGGCCGCGGCAGCGCAGGCCAGGCAAGGAACCGAUGGUGGAAGUGAGCGAUGGGGACGAUGAUGGUCUGUGCUGGAUGAAGGAUGAAGGUGAACCGGUCGAGGAGUUGGAUGGUGGUGGGCGUGGUGGAAAAGCAGAGGAGGGGGAGGAGGAAGAUAUGAGAGAAGAGGGGGAGGAGGAGGAAGAUGAGGAAGUGGAGGAGGAGCGAGAGAAAGGGUGGGGUUGGAGGGAGGGAGGAGAGGAGGGCGCUGCUGUUGGUGGCGGUUUGGUUGGGGAGGGGGCUAGAGGCUAUGCGUUUACUGGUACUCUUGAGUUCAGUAGAAAGCGAGAAAGGGCGCAGGAGACGGAAGAGAGGGAGAAAGAGGUUGGUGGUGGUGGGGAAGACGAUGGGGAAGGUAUGCAUGGCAGAGAGGGAGAGGAGGAAGAGGAGGAAGAGGAAGACGAAGAGGAGGGACGAGGGGAGGCAGUGGGGAUGCGAGGGAGCAAGAGGGUUCGGUGUGAGGAGGAGGAGCCAACAGAUGUGAGUCUGUCACAGGAGGAGGAGGAGCCAACAGAUGUGAGGCUGUCACAGGGGGAGGAGCCAACAGAUGUGAGGCUGUCACAGGGGGAGGAGCCAACAGAUGUGAGGCUGUCACAGGGGGAGGAGCCAACAGAUGUGAGGCUGUCACAGGAGGAGGAGGAGCCUCUACGUGGUCAUCAUCAGCGUCAUCCUGCUUCAAUGCCGCAGAAGGAGCCUCUGGUGGAGUCGCCUCAAGCGCUGACACAGGAGGAGGAGCCGAGUCCUGAAGCGCCUGAAAUGCUCACAGAGACGGAGUUGGCAGAGAGGGAGGAGGAGAACGAGGUGCUCCUGGAUUUUCUCCUGAGGGUGCAGCAGGGGAAGGCGGAGACGUCCCAGCAGGUGGCCGCCAAUUUUGACGGGCUCUCUGCUGACGUGGCGGAGGUUGCUGAGAGGAGGCGGCUGCUGCUGGCGCUGUCUCGGCCUAUCAGCGCGCGCCAAUUCACGAACCCAGGCACUGGGAGUGGAGCCGAAACGGAUGCUGCAGUAAGAGAGGCGGAUCAAGAAAGGGAUGCAUCAGAUGCCAGGGCAGGGGCGAGGGGGGAGAGCAGGAACGGUGGUGGGAGUGGGUGGAGACAGGGCCAAAGGCAGCGGAUAGAAGAGGAGGGUGCAGUGGGGAUGCGUGGGGGUGUAAGACAGGGAGGAGCAGCACAGGCGGGGGGGGGAACAGCUUUACAGGGCAUGAGAGGCAGGGGGGAGGAGUGCACUCGGCUUUCCGUAGCCUCGACUGCUGCUGCUGCUGCUGCUGCUGCUGUUGCUGUAGCAGCAGCUUCUGGCACAGCACCGGCUGUAGCUCGUGGUGCGCCAGCAGAAGCAGGCGCUACAGCCGCAGAGGAAGCUUGGCAGAACCUUCCAGAAGCUGCCAAGGCGUGGCUGAGACGGCAGUGGGCCAUGGGGCCCGCGGGGGUGUUUGUUGCUUGUCCAGCAGCCCUUGAUCAGUCAAAUAUUCUCUCAUAUGCACAUACACAUACGCAUGGGCACACAGGGGGCAGUGAGCAGCAGCAGCAGCAGCAGCAGCAGCAGCAGUAUCUGCUUCAGGCGCAGACCUCUGCAGAGGAAACUCUCUCAGGAGGGUCGGAAGGUGCCUUUUCCUACUGGGCUGCACGGGGAAGGGCGGCUAGUGGGGCAGGUGUGGGUGCAGUUGGGGGGGCAGGUGUGGGCGCAGAUGGGGGGGCAGUAGGGGGAGCUGCAGGGAGGGAUGGGGAUGUGGCAGAGGAGGGGCACAUGCAAGAGGUGUGGGGGCGGCUGGGCUGUGUGCUUCAAACGGUGAGGACGCUGGGACAAGAUGUGACUGUAGAGAGGGGUGCUGGGACCAGUGCUGCAGCUGGCAGGGAUAGUGGGAGUGGCAGUGCAAGGGAUGGUGCUGUGGGUGCGGGUGGUGCUGUGGGUGCGGGUGGUGCUGCGGAGAGGAUUGCAGGAGGUGCUGCCCUUGCCUCGCCUGCAGCCACACCCACAGCGGCGCCGGCAGGUGCAGGGGCAGCUGGUGGGUCUGCUCGUACGGACGUGAGGCUAAGGGCGUCCUCUGGCCAGGACACUGCCACUGCCAGUGCAGAUGGUGGUGCUGGUAGCGGUGCUGGUGCUGGUAGCGGUGCCAGGGCCGGUGCUGGUGGUGAUGGUGGAGGAGGAGGAGGAGGUAGUGGUGGUGGGUGUGGUGCAGAGGCUGCUGCUCCCAGAUUGGCUGCUGCCCCUGCGUCCUGCCUGGGAGGGAAGUGGCACGCCAGCAGUAUGGGAGGUGACGAUGGCAGAGAGGAGAGGGGGGAGAGCAGCAAGCGGAGGGCGGUGCACAUGUAUGGCAGCACGAGCAGCGCCAGCAGCAGGGAGGUGGUGGAACCGGUACUGGGCACUAGAGCGAGGCAGGAGGGUGCUGGCGGCACAGGCGCGGGGCAGGAGGGGAUGAGAGGGGAAGGAGGUCGGGAUGCGAGACGGUGGAAUGGAGGGAAGCAGGGUGAGAGGAGCAGAACCCCUUUCGAGACUUCUCCGAAGCAGAGCGAGAGGAGCAGAACGCCCCCUGUGUGGGAACGUGCGGCGGCGGCAGCAGCGGUGCAGCAGCACAGCUGGCAGCAGCAGAGCUCGUCCGGUGGCGGAGGCAGCUGGGCUGUUGUCACUGGUGGUGGUGCCGGUGGUGAUGGUGGUGGUGGUGGUGGUGGUUUCGUGGUGGAUAGCAUCCUGAAUGUACCGACCACCACACAGGGCACGCAUGGGACUCUGUUUUCUGUGGAUACAGAGGGGCGGGUGGGAGCAGGAGGUCGCUUUGGUGGUCGGGGUGAAGUGCUGGGAGCAGCUGAGCGUUUGAGACACGGGGUCUCUGAGCCUUCCCAUCCUGUCCCUGCUUCCACGCCAGCUGAGGCUGAUUCUGAGCCUUCACAUUCUGCAAGACUGCUGGCAGCAGUGUUGCCAAGUGAAGCAGCACCAGCACCAGCAGCACCAGCAGAGGCAAUAGCAGCUGCAGUAACUCCAGCAGCAGCAGCAGAGCUACCAGCACCAGCGCCAGCACCAGCAGUAGCAGCAGCAGCAGCAGCAGCAGCAGCAGCAGUACCUGUACCAGUGGCACCUGCACCAGUCACCUCCCGCCCACCACAGCCCUGGCUGGGGCAUUUCUUCGAGGGCCUCUCCCGCUACACCAGGUUCGGCAAGCUGCAGGUUCGGGCGGCGCUGCGCCGCGGCGACCUGCUAGGCUCGGCAGACAUGGUGUGCUCGGUGGCGUUCGACCGGGACGGGGAGUUCUUUGCUUCGGCGGGCGUGUGUAAGCGCAUCAAGGUGUUUGACUGCAAUGCUGUGCUGCGCGCUGCUGCUGAGCGAGAGGCGUGGGUGAAGGAAGUGAGGGAUGGGAUGGAGGUAGACGAGGAGGAGGGGGAUCGGGAGGGAGCAGAGGGGCGAGUGGGAGGAGGGGGGAAAGGGGGAGGAGUGUGGGGGAGGGAACAGGGGGAGCAGGGGGGGCAGGGGCAGGAGGAGGGGCAUGAGGAGGAGCUGUUGCAGUACCCGGUGGCGGAGAUGGCGUGCGACUCGAAGCUCAGUUGUGUGAGCUGGAACCCCUUUGUUAAGAGCCUUGUGGCCUCCUCCAACUAUGAUGGCGCCGUGCAGGUGUGGGAUGUGUGUGCGGGCGAGGCGAUCGCAGAGUACAGGGAGCACGAGAGGCGAGUGUGGAGUGUGCACUGUGCGCCCACCGACCCCACCAAGUUAGCCAGCGGCAGCGACGACGGCUGCGUGCGCAUCUGGAGUCUGCAGCAGGACUCCAGCGUGGCCACAAUCCGCACGCGGGCCAACGUGUGUGCGGUGCACUUCUCGCCCGCCUCCUCGCACAUCCUCGCGCUCGGCUCCGCCGACUUCAAGCUCGCCCUCUACGACCUGCGCAAGCUGCGCUCGCCCCUCGCCACGCUCCCCGGCCACUCCCGCGCCGUGUCCUACGUCGCCUUUGCGGACCCGCUCACGCUUGUGUCCGCGUCUACUGAUAACACCCUGCGCGUGUGGGAUUUGAGGGAGGUUCUGGGGAGUGCUGGGGAUGGUUCAGUGAUGGGACUGCAGCAGCAGCAGCAGAGGCAUCCCGGGCAGGGAAGCAUGGCGCCGUGUGUGCUGACGCUGUCUGGGCAUGUGAACGAGAAGAACUUUGUGGGGCUGUCGGUGUCGGAAUCGGGCUACAUUGCUUGUGGCUCCGAGAACAACUCGGCGUAUGUGUACCACCGCAGUGUGCCAGCCCCCAUUACAUGCCACCGCUUCGGCGCCGUGGAUGCAGUCACAGGGCGGGCAGGGGGGGAGGACGCAGGGCACUUUGUGAGCAGCGUGUGUUGGCGCAAGGGCACUCACUCCCUGGUGGCGGCGAAUUCAAUGGGCGAUGUGAAGGUGCUGGAGAUGGUGGAGUGA